GAGACGGAGGGAGACUUCUGGUUUUGUCUUUUAGAGCUUUUUGGGGAGUUCCGGCCGCCAGAUGAGUCCCACGAUGGCAUACUGCGCGUGGAGUAUCCAAUAUGUCGUCCAAUAGUACAAAAAAAAAAAAAAAAACUAGGGCAUCACGAUGUGAUUUGAAUAUGAUGCACAUAUCAGAGCGUGGGGGGCGACACUGAGUCGUAAUGUUCCACACAUAACAUCCAGAACCAGUGGGGGUGUCACAGAACCCGUUUUUCACUGCCUCCCUCCAUUAAUGAUUCACAGCCUCAAAUAAAAGGAUUUAAGUUGACGUCGCGUCAUGUGACGGCUCCGGUGUGCUCGCUGGGAUGCGUGGAAGGGGCUCCUCGGUGUUUGGCGCCUAGGGAGGAGGUGCAGGGGGGGAAAGAAGCUAAUAGGAGAAACGCUGCCGUGUUCCUUUUUUUUUUUUUUUUUUUUUUUGCCGUGCUGUGUGCGCGCGCGCGUGAGUCUGUGUGUGGAUGUAUUACACGCGUGUCACGGACGGAUAUGUUUUUCCACGCGCAGAGAGCCCGAGCUUUGGGAGGAUGGAUUUUAUUUUGAGGUAUUUCCGCCGAUUGUUCAUUACUGUGGUGAGUUAUUGCAGCCAGAGGCAGAGAAAUCGAGGCCUGUAACGUCUCAGCGGAGCUCCCACGGUUCACCCGAGGAGGCCAUUGGCGGAGAGGCGUCACAUGACCACGGGGUGCCAAUGUUCUUCUACAAGGGUGUCAAGACCCUGUCACGUUCUGAAAUAAAUAUUGGGAAACGGCGAGAUGCAAAAGGCAAGCUACUACGACAGCUCGGCAAUUUACACUGGCUACCCCUAUCAAAGCGCAAAUGGCUUCAGUUAUGACGCCAAUCACGUCCAAUAUCCCCGCGCCUCUCAUGUGGAAAGUGACUACCAUCGACCCGCCUGCUCGCUGCAGUCGACUGACGGCUCCGUGGCGCUGCACAAGCCGGCGGAGAUGGCGGAGAGCUGCGACGCCGCCGCGGGCGUCCAAGCGGCGCCGAGCGAGGUGCGUCAUCCCGAGAGCGCCAUGCACGAGGCGCCGCCCACGCCCUCGCAGUCCCCCGGCCUCCAGAACGCCAGCGCCGGGCCAGCGAGCGCCAAGAGCGGCUCCCCCACCUCGGGCCCCCGCGGCAAGCAGAUCUUCCCCUGGAUGAAGGAGUCGCGUCAAAACACCAAGCAGAAACCCGCCAAUAGCGCCAGUUCAGUGGAGAGUUGCCCCGGAGACAAGAGUCCUCCCGGGUCUGCCGCCUCCAAGAGGGCCCGGACUGCCUACACCAGCGCCCAGCUGGUGGAGCUGGAGAAGGAGUUCCACUUCAACCGGUACCUCUGCAGGCCCCGCAGGGUGGAGAUGGCCAACCUGCUCAACCUCACGGAGAGACAGAUCAAGAUCUGGUUCCAGAACCGCCGGAUGAAAUACAAGAAGGAUCAGAAGGGGGUCGGGAUGAUGCCCUCCCCGGGGGGUCAGUCCCCGAGGAGCCCGGUGGGCCCGUCGUCCGGCGGCGGCGGAUACCUCAGCUCUAUGCAUUCUCUGGUAAACAGUGUUCCUUACGAGUCCCAGUCCCCGACGUCGUACAGCAAGGCUCACCCGAACGCCUACGGCAUGACGUCAUACCCCCCGCCGUUAAACCCCCAGAAGCGGUACCCCGACUCGGCCACGCCCGAGUAUGACGCGCACGCCCUGCAGGGCGGCAACUACGGCGCGCACAUGCAGGGCAGCCCCGUCUACGUCGGGGGAGGCUACAUCGAACCCAUGCCCAACUCCGGGGCGUCCGUGUUCGGCCUCACGCACCUCCCGCACCCGCCCUCCUCCAACAUGGACUACAACGGAGCAAUCACGAUGGGCGGCGGGCAGCAGCACGCGGUGUGCGAGCCCACGCCGACCUACACGGACCUCACGCCGCAAUACUCUCAGGGAAGAAUCCAGGAGGCGCCCAAACUGACGCAUCUGUAGCGGCGUGGCGCACUUUGUAUCACUCCGCCCAUUGUCUCGGAGCCGCCUCCGGACCGUAUCACCGCCUUUCGUUGUGUCCCUCCACACCUUUCCCUCCCUUUAGUUUGACCAUGUGUGAAGUAGCGAAUAGGAUUAAUAAUCAUUUCCUUACCCCCCCUAAGACAUUCACGAUAGGCCUAUUUAAUCUAUUUUCUUUGUUUUUAAAUUCAAACAGGGUAUUAUGAACAUGGUAUUGCUUUUAUUUUUCAAUGUGAACUUAUUUAUCCGCAUUUGAAGAUUAUUUGUUUGCAUUUUGUUGCACUUGUGAAAGGAUAGUCGAGGGAAACGCCUUUUUUUUUGCUUGUUUUGGACUUUCUGAUGUUAUUUAUUUUGUUUAGUGUUACCAAAUAGUCCUCUAGUAUUAUUUGAAGCUCAGCCCCCCCCCUUCCUUACUCGAACAGCAGGCUUCAUUUUCACAACCUUUUUCUUCUUCGAGGAGCUAUUUUUUUUAUUUGAUAUUGUCCUCACAUCAUGUAAAAUCAAUCAAUCGACGCAAUAACGGUGCAAAGAAGGACGCAUUUUAUCUGUUUUUUUUAUAUAUAUAUAUGAAUGAGAACAAACACGUCAAUCCCCCCCUUUCAUAUACAUUCCAUGCUGCUCCAGUUCGAAGAAGUAAAUAAAACAAAUGAAAUACAA